UGGCAAGGCAACGACGCACACCUAAUCAAGUUGGAUGUUAACCAUUUCAGGAGAAGUGUAGCAAUGUCGCGAGAUCGAGACCCCUUUCCUUUUCCCAAAUACGAGAAUGAUCAGACUUUUACCGGAAGUAAACCAUGCCAGCGUGUUUGUGAUCAUGUACAGAAACUGCCCUUUAAAAAGCCCACACACAUCGCACAGAAUGAGGAGCCGUGGAGCCGCUUAAACGACAGCCAGACUUUCUCCAGCAUGAAGAGAAGUGUUCUGUACCAUAAAGAGGCCCCAAAAGACAGCCUGGACUUCCAUCUCAGCGCUGUCUAUGAUAACCACCUGGACUUCCUCCUAAAUAAGAAUGAAACUCUGGUCCAGAGAGAGUCUCUGAUGAGAGAUCAUGGGGGUAACAAUGACGAUGCUCCAAAACAGGAGGAUUAUAAUAUGAAAAUAAGAGUGUGGGUAAACCCCCAGAAAGCGUCCAUUUACAGCACUGAGGGAGCGAUUGAGUCUCCCCAUAACGCUUCUACAAACCGAGGCUACUCCAGGAAGCACGAUGGCGGCUUUUAUUCAACUUAAUAAAAGCCGAAGCUACACCCUUUUCCAUUCAGACUUGUUUGCAGCACCUAACAGCUUCUCAGAAAUGAGAAAAAAACAUCCACUGCCGUAAUACAAAGAAAUAAAGGACAGAACUACUUUUCGCUAGUCUUUGUUUAUUAGUUCGAACUGAAAGUAAUACACACGUACAACACAUGCUAGCUAGCUAAUGCAAAAACCGAGUUUAGCUAAAGCUAGCUCCGGACACACACACACACAGAGGUGCUGCUAGGAGUUAUGGUGAAGAUCAGAAUCGCCUCUAUACUCAUAGACCAGACAGGAAAGCCUGAAGGAAAACCUCCAAAAUCCCACUGGCACUAGUAUAUCUGAUCGAUUCAUCAUUUCUAACCACAAUCUCCAUUGCGGUGCCCUGAAGCUGCUAUCCGGCUAUAAAAAGCCCAAACGCUCAUCGCCACAGCGGGCUAACGAGUCUCUUCUUAUCACUUCUGAAUCCGAGCAGGGCAACAACACGGAUCAGAUCAAAUAAGAUCAUGGUGUAGAUUUUUAAAGACUCCUAUUUAAGCACACACACAUACACACAAAAAUGCAUUCAUCCAUACAUUCAAACAACACAAACACUCAGAUCACUCACGCGCCACACACUCACCCAGCAACACUCAC